AUGGACGCUGAAUCAAAUUUCUCCCAAGUAGCACCUUCGGUCUUUGACAGAGAAAACUACGAUGUCUGGACAGUAAAAAUGGAGGCUUACCUAGAGGCUUUGGAUCUUUGGGAAGCCAUUGAAGAAGAUUACGAAAUCCUUCCGCUGCCCGAAAAUCCCACCAUGACCCAGAUGAAAAGUCACAAAGAGAAGAAAACUCGGAAAGCAAAGGCGAAAUCAUGUCUCUUUGCCGGUGUUUCAGCAACUCUCUUCACUCGAAUCAUGACUUUAAAAACAGCAAAAGAAAUAUGGGAUUAUCUAAAGAAGGAGUAUGCAGGGGAUGAAAGGAUUCGAGGUAUGCAAGUGUUGAACUUGAUGAGAGAAUUUGAGCUUCAAAGGAUGAAGGAGUCUGAGACCAUUAAAGAGUACUCAGACAGAUUGCUUGGCAUUGUUAACAAGGCCCAAGAGCAACGAAGGCUUAUGAGACAAGAUCAAGUGGUUAAAGGUGCAUUACUAGCAAAGCAUCACAAUGGAAAGAAAAACUUCAAGAAGAAUAAACAAACAAGCGGUGAAAACACUACAUACAAAGGCAAGGGCAAAAAGAAAAAUCAGCCACCUUGUGAGCACUCCGGAAAAUUGGGUCAUCCAUCAUUCAGAUGUUGGAAAAGACCAGACGCAAAGUGCAACAAGUGUAAUCAGCUUGGACAUGAAGCUGUAAUUUGUGGAAGUAAACAACAUGAAGUCAAUGCCCAGGUUGUUGAGCAAGAUGACGAAGAUCAUAUUUUCUCUGCUUCAAUUUUUUCAGCAAAGGGUGACUCUGAAUGUUGUUUGAUUGAUAGUGGUUGUACCAACCACAUGUCGUAUGACAAAACUCUAUUCAAGGACUUGAAGCCUACUAAAGUCUCAAAGGUCAGAAUAGGAAAUGGUGACUAUAUUUCUGCAAAAGGAAAAGGAACCAUAGAAAUUUCAAUGAGCUCAGGUACAAAAAUAAUCUUCGAUGUUCUCUAUGUACCUGACAUUGAUCAAAAUUUGCUAAGUGUAGGACAGUUGAUGGAAAAGGGAUUUAAAGUGUCCUUUGAACAUUAA